AAACCACCGAAAGCCCUUCAAUGAAACGAAUCAAACAAACAAUUUCGAUCCCGUUUCUAUGGGAAGAAAAGCCAGGAAUACCAAAAAUAGAUUGGAAACGCGUUAAUCCCGUUAUGAAAAUGCCCAUUAAGUUGAUCGCUUCGGUUCCAUUUCAGUGGGAAGAAAAGCCGGGAACACCACUUCCUGGCCGUCCUUUCUCCCAUCCGUCACCGGAGCCACCACAUCAGCAGCAACAACACAACACAAGAAACAAUCCGUUUUGUGAUUCUGAUUGUGAUGAUCUUGAUCAAGUUUUGGAUUCUCUGAAGCAUCAGAAACUCCAUAAAAAGAACCCUUUUUGCGAUUCUUCUGAUGAUGAACUUGAUGAAAUUGAAGAACUUGAGAAUGGUGGAAAGGCAGAAUCCGAAAGUGAUGAUAACAGUAGCUACCUUCAAGCCCCAUCAUCGCCAGCUUGGGAAACUGAGAGUAAUGCAAGCAGCUAUGCAACGACUGGUACAACAACAAUCCUAGCUGGGUCAUCGUUCUUGGAAUGCAUGUUCCCACUGUUGACCCCACAAUCUAGUUUCUUUGAAACCGUUGGAGGUUCAGUAAUUAGGGUUCCACCAAUUACGAACACUUGUAUUCGGACUGUAAGCAGCAAUGGUCCAGGGAGAAAGCCAUUAACACUUGGCGAGCUGAUUCUGAUGAGCCGAAGAAGAAGCUAUCUCAAGAAAGCAGUCGAAUCACAUGAACACAAUCACUCGACGGAAUUGGUGAUGAGGAAUGCAUUUGGAUGCUGUAUUGAUGUUGGAGGAUUGAACAAAUUGAAGAGGCAGCUGCAGUUGCAGCUAAAACUCGUGUAGGAGUACCACACCACCACUUUGCUGCAAUACAUGAUUCGUCUGCUAUGAUCUGAAACAACGACUGAACCAAAUAGUUUAAUUUCUGCUUCUUUUUGAUGUUUUUCUUCAAAGAAAUAUCAUGUGGUCUUGGGUUU